GCGCAGGGCGGUGACGUCAGGGCCGAGCGACCAAUAUUAUGUGACAGCAACAGGCCUGUGUCAGAAAGAAGGUCGUGGGCAGAAAGUAGGAUGGAGCGGGCAGCAGGGCUGUGGAGGCUCCGGCAGCUUUACCCCUGCCUUCCAGGGAUAAAGGGCCGGUGCUGUGCUACAGUCCGUGCUACGGUCCAUGCUGGGUCCGUCAGACAUUCUAGCUCAGGACUUCACACUGAUGAAGAAAAAGAAAAAGCCUUGUUGGAUCGGAUCAUACGGGUGGAUCAUGCCGGAGAAUAUGGAGCAAAUCGUAUUUAUGCCGGGCAGAUGGCCGUGUUGGGCAGAUCCUCUGUGGGACCCAUCAUUCAGCAUAUGUGGGAUCAGGAGAAGGAUCAUUUGAAAAAGUUUACUGAAUUAAUGAUUUCAAACAGAGUGCGGCCUACGGCUCUGCUGCCCUUCUGGAACGUGGCCGGGUUUGCUUUGGGGUUUGGGACGGCUCUGCUGGGGAGGAAAGGUGCAAUGGCCUGCACUGUGGCCGUAGAAGAGAGCAUAUCUAAUCAUUAUAACAACCAGAUCAGAGCACUCAUGGAGAGGGAUCCUGAAAAGCACAAGGAGUUACUACAGACGAUCAAGAAGUUUCGGGAUGAGGAGCUGGAGCACCACGAUACAGGGCUGGAACAUGAUGCAGAACUGGCCCCAGCUUAUUUCCUGCUGAAGAACGCCAUACAAGUGGGAUGCCGAGCCGCUGUGUACUUAUCAGAGCGCGUAUAAGGAAAGGACUUGGUAAAGGACUUAAAAAAAAAAAACACAGAAGAGAAUAUAAUGAGAAUUAUUUCUGUGUGAAAAAAUGGAAACCUUUUUAUACUUUACAUAUGAGAGGAGACGGCUGCCUUACAGUCAUGGUGAGAACUUUUCUUAUAAACGGUCACUAGGUGGCGGUGUAGAUUUCUGGUCUAAGGAUAGUAGUGGAACAUUUUUGAAUCUGAAUGUGUUAACCCCUAUGGCGCCAUUAAACCAUUUUGCUUUAA